AUGGAAAUUGAUGAGGACGGGCACGUGAUCACACUGGCCGGCUCACUGGCUACUGGCUCCAGCUUGUCCGAGCUCCCAGCCGCCAGCGGUUUGGCUCUAUUUGGCAGCGAAUGGAAAAACUGCGACUUUUCCCGACGACUUUUCAUUUCUUCACCUCAAGCCGACGCAUCUAAUCCCCUCGAGCCACUCCGACUGGGUCCAUUGACAAGCCAUUGUCGACCGCCGACUAUCGUCAAUACCGAUCCUUUCGCUCUUCGUCCUGAUCUCCCUUUUUUUGCGACUCUAAUUCCCAAUGGCUUCGACCGGAGUGAACGUGCGUGUUAUCCUCCCCGAUUCGGCCGCUCGACCGUGUCCCAAGCCCGAACACUCGACUACGUUUUGCGGUGGUCCGCCCUUGGCCUGGGUAUCUUUUACGGUUUCACCCACCAGCGAGCGAUUACUGCCUCGCAAAAGGCCGAGCACGCGCAGCACGAGUACGAGAAGAAGGAGAAGCUUAUCCAGCAAGCCAAGGCCGAGUUUGCUAAGAAGAACAACCCAGCAUCUGGCGACUCUGUGAUCACCGACCCCUCAGACCCCAAGUUUGAUCUCGAGAAGCUGCUGUUGAAGGUGCAGAAGGAGAACCCUUAA